UCCCAAGGGAUAUACCAUUUUGCUACGUGGAAGAAAGAGCUUAGGCUUGUGCCAAAUAUGCCUGAUUCCAAUAGAAAUUGGAAGGGCAGGUAUUUCUUCAUUUAGGGAACAGAUUGGGUAUGUUGUUCAGAGGAGUGGGUUACAAUGCCUUAUUGCUUCGACAAUACUUGGGGUAUUGUCAAAGACUCAGCUAGUGUUCAUCCACGUAUAUCUAACGAGCAUGAGGCUUUUAUUCGUCGGGUUCUUGAGAUUCCAUUCAAGGAACAAAAGUGCAGGGACCUGAUCACUCUAGAUACCCUGCAUGCCUAUUGUGGUGAUCCAGAGCCGACGCCUGCAGCAUGUAGAUUGAAUAAGAUGGAGGCUGCUAGACAGAGAGCGUUGGUAAGGGUGUCAACCACAACGUGUAAAAAGGAGGAGAAGGAGAAGGGGAAGGAGGGAGCGUCCUCGUCGGCCCCUAAAGUCGUCGAGAAAGGGGCGCCCAAGAAAAAAACUGAAAGGAAGGAUGACUGUCACCUUAAGAAAGGAACGGUCACUCCUGGUGACAAACAGCCCAAAACGUUGUCACCCUCGAAGCCAAGUCAUGGAGCUGGCAAAGGAUUAAUGACAGCGACGGGACCUGUCACCUAGGGAACUCGUCGUCUCCUUAUGCAUAAUGGGUAUGCUAUCGAGAUGGUUGAGUCAAUCAUCAAGGAGACAGACUUGGACCCCUGUGUCGAGUAGGAGACGGAGGAUUUGGGGGCAUUGGGUCUUUUUGACCUCUCUAGGGUAUUUUCUUUUUCCUGACUCUUUUAUUUUGUUGUGUAUUUGUCAGCUAACGGUUGUAAUUCAUU